AUGGGUCGUCUAGACGGAAAGGUUGCUAUUGUCACAGGCGCCGCAUCUGGCUUCGGCCAAGGUAUCGCAGAGCACUUCGCCGAAGAAGGCGCCAAAGUCCUCAUCUGCGACAUCAACACCGAAGCAGGUGAGAAAGUCGCAGCAUCAUCCGACUCAUUUGCAUUUCACACCAUGAACGUCACCAAAGCAGCAGAUUGGCAGAGUGCUAUGGAGAAAGCGGUUGCGACUUGGGGACAUGUUGAUAUUUUGGUCAACAACGCGGGGACGAGCUAUCAGAACAAGAGUACGAAUCUUGUCACCGAGGAAGAGUUUGACAAGGUCAUGAACGUCAACGUCAAAAGCGUCUUUCUGGGAAGUAACGCCUUCACAGCACAAGUCAAGAAACAGGGGACCAAAGCUUCAAUGAUCAACAUCGCCUCAGUCGGCGCCCACCGUCCAAGACCUGGCUUGGUGUGGUACAACGCCUCCAAAGGGGCUAUAACAAAUGCAACGAUGGGUCUCGCAGCAGAAUAUGGCCCCGACGGUAUCCGCGUCAAUUCCAUCUGUCCCCUCGCUACAAUGACAGGUCUCCUACCUACCUUUAUCGGCAAAGAAAUCACCCCCGAGGUACAGAAGGCACUGGGGAAUGUUCCCCUCGGCAGAGUGGGGGAGGUAAGGGAUGUUACCAAGGCCGCGGUUUUUCUGGCGAGUGAGGACGCGGAGUUUAUUACGGGUGUCAAUUUGGAUGUUGAUGGUGGGAGAGCGAUUUAG